GACGGACUUCAAACCAUUUACUUAACCAAAAUUUAUGCUUUGAAUAUUGCAAUUUAAAUAUUAGAUAUUAGUUUUUUAAAUUCGGAUUAAACUUUAUUUUAUUUAAAAUUUUCAACUUUAUUUCCACCAACUUUUUCCGGCAAAACCCUAAUUCCAGAACUCAUCAGCAAGAAAAUUAUAACUUCACACUCAGUAAAAUUAGGGAAGAAAAAAAAAAAUCUCUUUUUUGUUCAAUUCUUUGCAGCUUUUACUUUGCACUGCAAUGGCAGAGCUUAAGUCAUCAUAGUUCAGAAGCUUGCAAUAGUUUGAUGAUCUUGGAAGCAGAAAUAUUGUUUAGUGUUUGUAGAUUUACAGAGAUUCUGUAGUGGGUUUAGUCUAAGCUUGUCUGGGUUCUUAGAAAGAUUACAUUUUUAUUUAUUUUUAGUGGUCAAGGGUACUGAUCUUGUGAUUUUGGGUUCUGAUCAAUUUAAAAAAAAAAAGUUUUGAUCUUUUCAAGAUUAGGGUUUUAAGCUCUUAGUGUUAACUUAUCAGAGGGUUUAAGGGUGGUUUUGUUCGUGUCUGUUUAUGGAGGAGCAAGGGAUAAAUAGUUCAGCUGCCAUAGUGAAAGGUGAUGUGGCUCCUGAGAGCUUUCAGUUUGCUUCAAGGAGUGGCACAGUAGUGAAAAGUGAUGGAGGUUCUGAGAGCUUUCAGGUGGGUCCCAGGAAUGAAAAUCACAGCCAGUUAAGUGGAUCAACGGCGGCCGCCGCCGCCACCGCCACCACGGCGGCAACACCGGGGAGUGUGGCCGGAGCAGCACCACCUUCAGGAGGAGAAGGGAAGAAGAAGAGGGGAAGACCUAGGAAGUAUGGACAAGAUGGUUCAGUAACCAUGGCUUUAUCACCAAUGCCAAUAUCAGCUUCAAUUCCUCUUACUGGAGAUUAUGCAGCCUGGAAACACAGUACAAAUCGCCCCACUGAACCCUCCAAGAAGAAGAAGAAACAUAAGCUUGAGCUUGAAAGUCCAGGGGAUCGGAUGGCAUACUCUGUUGGCGGAAAUUUUACUCCUCAUGUUAUAACUGUUAGUGCUGGAGAGGAUAUUUCAAUGAAAAUCAUUUCGUUUGCUCAACAAGGGUCGAGAGCUAUUUGCGUGUUGGCUGCAAAUGGUGCAAUUUCGAACGUUACCCUUCGUCAGCCUAAUUCUUCUGGUGGUACUUUAACAUAUGAGGGCCGCUUUGAAAUUCUCUCUCUAACGGGAUCGUUUAUGCCUAGUGAUAAUGGGUUAACGAAAAGUAGGUCUGGUGGAAUGAGUGUCUCUCUCUCAGGCCCUGAUGGUCGAGUUCUCGGGGGAGGACUUGCAGGCAUGUUAGUUGCAGCUGGGCCUGUCCAGGUCGUUGUUGGCAGCUUUCUUCCCGGCCACCAUCUGGAGCAAAAACCCAAGAAACAGAGAGUUCAGAUGACGCCAGUUUACAACCCUAUCCCAUCCAACCCGAUCUCUGAUGAAAAAAGCGAUGGAGCCCACAGUGGGCAAAGUCCAAAUCUCGCAACUUCUGCUGCUACCUUUCACAGGGACAACCUGCCCUCUUUGAAUUCCAUACAGGGGUCAAGAAUAUCCGCAAUUGACGAAAACAACAAUAUCUGUUUCUCCCGGGAGGAUGCGCCUAGAGACCACCAAAGCCCAUCGAAAGGUGAGGUCUCGUACUGAUUACACAGCCUGCCUGUUGUUGUACAUCUCGCUGUACGCCUGUAACAUUAACUCAGAAAUCUUAGGCUCACUUUCCCCUUUUGACCAAUAUUUGACACGACUACACGAGGCUACUGGCUGCCUGCUUAUAGAGAGCAUAAGAGUCGUCUUAGAUUAGCUCAGGAUUUUACUGUUCUCUUAGGUUCUUCUGAUGUAUCACCUUUGUUCUGUGUGCUCUCAUCCACGAGGAUUCCUUCAGCUAUUUGUUUUCUUGUAUUGAAGUAGAAACUUGGGUAAUUUUGAUUGUAUGAAACUUUUGCUAUCGCUCUAACUUUUACAUAGUUUAAGCCACCUGAUUUACUUA